CAUCCGGUAAUAGCGACUCGUAAUAUCGCGACUCGCGAGGAUGGUGUGUUCCUUGUUGCUGAUUCCUGCAACAAAUUUUCCGGUUGGCAUAGCGAGUAAUUAUGGUGCAGGCCGAAGGAAAGUCAUAACUUCUUUUAGCAGUUCUUCUUAUUUCUCUGUUGCUAUCUUAAAGAACGGAAGCAGAUCCAGUUCUGCUUUCAGUUCUAAAUCCACAGUAAGCUUUUGUUGCAAAUGUCAGGCAGUAGAUUUCGCCCCAGUAACCUCCGCUGCGUAUGGAGUCCUGCUCCUCUCUGGCGGUAUCUUUGCCUUCAACAAGUCUAGAAGCAAGGGGUCACUGUUUGGAGGAUUGACAGGGGCUGCACUCAUGGCUACGGCUUACAUUUUGAUGCAAGGACAGGAGACAAAAGCUGUUGGUGAUGCCCUUGCCUUUGGAUCUGCUUUCCUUUUCUCGUGUGUGUUUGGUAUACGAUUGGCAGCUACUCGGAAAUUGACUCCUGCUGGCCCUUUAUUAGCUUUAUCUAUCUGUUCUUUGGCUGUGUUCGUCUCAUCAUACUUCAAAGAUAGUCUUUGAUUGUAGAGCUUGCUAACUAAUUGAUGAUAUUGUUUGAUAAUAGUUAUGUUUUGUGAGUUAAUAUGUUGUACUGACCUCUUCUAAAAAUCAUCUGACUGUGUACUCCAAAUGAUCUAUACCGAUUCAUUAAUAGAUCUCUCUACUGAAGUUUUGAUAGCAA